AUGGCAGCCAACUGCAUCUUCUGCAAGAUCAUCAAGGGCAAGUUAUUCCCAUUCUCCUCAGUGCCGUGGGCUCACGAUUACUACAGGAGAUAUCCCCUCCAUGAAGCUCUUCGAGAGCGACAAGACGUUGGCCUUCCUCGACAUCAACCCACUCUCGUAAGCGUUCGCGAGGAAAUUGAAUGGAUGCUCAGUCAACACCAGAGCUAACAGCAUCUCCCCAGCUACGGCCACGCGGUACGCGAUUCUCCCCGCCUCUACCAAACACCUUGAUGUCCUCUCGACCGUCUCCGUUGCGUGUCUUUUCCAUACAGGCCUUUGGCGUGUCAACGACCGAGUACUGACACCGCCAUCCAGCUUGUCAUCCCCAAACAUCACGGCGCGAAACUGACAGACAUCCCGGACGACGCUCUAACCGAACUCCUGCCCGUCGCGAAGAAGAUUGCCUCGGCGUCAGGUGCGGAGAACUACAACAUCCUCCAGAACAAUGGUCGGAUAGCACAUCAGGAGGUGGAUCAUGUUCAUUUCCACGUCAUUCCUAAGCCAAACCAGCAAGAGGGACUGGGAAUUGGCUGGCCUCAGCAGAAGGGCGAUAUGGACAAACUGAAGACCCUGCUGGAGGAGAUCAAGUCGAAGAUGUGA